CAAAAAAAGGACUAAAAAUCCUUGGCAAAGAUAAAAGACAGAAGAAUACGACGUCGGGUAGAGUGAUUUAUAAGAUUGAAAGAACAGAAGAAGCAAACGGUAAACAAUCUUCGCCUCCGUUCAGAUCCAUUACUCUCUCUUAUAUCGUUUGAGCAUGGCAGGUAAAUAUAUAACCGGUGCUUUAGCUGGGUCCUUUGUCAUCGCAUAUGUAUGUGACCAAAUCAUUUCAGACAAGAAGAUAUUUGGAGGCACUACCCCUCAUACGGUUGCAAACAAGGAAUGGUGGGAGGAAACUGAGAAGAAAUUCCAAGCAUGGCCUCGUACUGCAGGACCACCUGUGGUGAUGAAUCCAAUCAGUCGUCAGAACUUUAUUGUGAAGGCGCGUGAAUCUUAAUCGUGUAAUUAACGAUUUGCUGGUUUAUGUUUUUGUCUGGUUUUGGUUGUUGGGACAUGGCUGCAAUUAGCUGAUUUGGGGCCUUUGUUUUUUUUUUUUUAUAUUUGUUUACUCUUCCUAGAUAUAUGCCAUUGGCAUGCAAAUACAGUUCUUUGCUCAAGAAAAAUAAAUAGCAGUAAAGAGUUCAGUAUGGUGUCUUUUGCAUUCAUAUUUGGUCUCUGGUUUCUGGAA